GAUCCUACCCCUCAAGAUCUCGACAUCCCCAAGCUCGUGUUGUUGUUUCAAAUCCAACAAUAACUUCCCCAACACGCAAACAUGUCUUCAGAUCAGAUCGUCCUUUUCGACAUUCCCAGCAAACCCCCACAGGCGGCGUGGUCUUUGAACCCUUGGAAGACCCGGCUCCUCCUCAGCUUCAAGGGGCUUGAUUACAAGACAGAAUGGCUUGAAUACCCCGACAUCAAGCCCACGCUGGAGCCCCACGUCCCUGCCAAUCCAGCAACAGGAACAUGGACUAUUCCAACUGUCAGAUUCCUCGACGGCACGUACCUGAUGGAUUCCCGCAAGAUCGUCCAGCGGAUUGAAGAAUUACACCCCGAGCCGUCCAUUCACCUGGAUUCCCCAACCCUGGCCAAGCUAGAGACCAUCAUGCCCCGCCUUAUGGAGGCACUCCGCGGAAUUUACUUCCUCUCAGUCCCCAGAGAGCUUCUCAGCGAAAGAGGUAUUGAGUACUGGUACAGCACGCGUCCACAAAUGGCGGGUAUGCCCCUGGAGCAGUUGGAAAAGGAACGCGGCGGUCAAUUCGCUUGGGAUGCUGGUCAGCCAAUCCUCCGUGAGGUCGAAGCUCUCCUCAACGAGAACAAGGAGGGACCAUUUUUCCUCGGCAAAACGGUCAGCUACGCGGACUUUGUGUGGGUUGGGUUCCUUAUCUUCAUGCAGCGCAUCGGUGCUAUCGAUGAGAUUUACAAGAUUGCUGGAGACUUCCAGCUUCAUAAGGACAUCCUGGAGGCAUCAGCGCCAUGGCACAAGCGAAACGAUUAUUAAGUAAGCCUAUGAAGCAUACAAUAGCUUCAAGUAGAGCAUGAUAAUUCAACUAUACGUUGGUAACUACCAAAAUUAA